UGGCACCUUUUAGAGCCACAACAUUGAUGAGGAGCAGACGGAGACAGACAGACAGACAGGCGGAGACAGACAGCGGUGACAGACGGUGGACUUUGACGCGGACGAUGGCGGACUGCGUCGGCUUCCAGGCUCAGAUCGCCUCGAUCGUCGAGAUUCUGGCCAAUUCUGCGGUGGCGGAAAUCUGUAAGCUGGUGGAGGACGGUUACGCGGCGCUGCGCGCUCAGAUGGAGCAGGAGCGAGACAAGAGCGAGAAGGACAAGAGUGCGCUGCGGCAGAAGCUGCGAGACAUGGACGUGAAGAUGAGGAGCUACGAGAGGAAGAUGAGGAGGCGCCUCCAGAGGGAGGAGGGACACGGGGAGCAGGAGGACAAGAGCAGAGGAGCAGAAGCAGGACCUGAAGACCUUCACACUCCUCCUGCCUCCUCUGAAGACAAGUCCUUCCACCACCUUUCAAAGCAGGAGGAAACCAAGCCGCUGCCGCUGGUGAAGCAGGAGCGGGUGGAGAGAGGCGACUGCAACCUGGACCUGAAGGUGGAGGUGAACAUCCGGGCGGAGUGUGGCCUCUCUGCUGCUCUGGAGUCCAGUGAAGAGGCUCCUCCCACUGUUGUGACUGACACCAGUGUCACCCACAUCACCGCCUCCACCAUACUCCCCUCUUCCUCCCCCGCUGACGGCACAAUGGAUCUGGCCUGCCAACCUCGAGCCAAGCGUAAAGCCGUCAAGCCCUUGGGCAGCAGUUUGACUGGCGGUGGAGGCGGCGGAGGUGGAGGUGGUGGCCCGGUCCCUGAUGCUGCACGCCGGGAACUUGGCGUGACAGAUGGCGCUCUGAAGCCAGAGAUCCAGACUGAUGAUGUCACUGUAGAAGAACUUCACCCCUCUCAAUUGUCGACCCCACUAGCAUCAGAUGAGCCAAGCCCUGAUCGACUCAACAGCCUGGGCCUGGACCUGGCCUGGAUGCAGGAGAGGGUCAGCCAUCUUGGUGCUGCAUACGCGGUGGCACAGUUGGGUUUGGGAAACGCAGAACAUCCCUCCGCCUCCUUCUCCUCACAGGGAGGAGGAGACAGUUUAGACGGCCCUCCAACCAUGCUCUUCACGGGCGGAGCUCAUGAAAUGGCUGCGUUGGCCGCUACCUUUGACAUGGCUGCCGCCGCCGCUGCUGUAGCUGCACCACCUCCUCCUCCUCCGCCUCCACCAACAGCUCCUUCUGUCACCACAACCAGCCAGAGGCGGCUGUACAGGAGUGGCGCUGCCACCGUUGCUGCUGUUGGUAAAGAGUCUGUGGCGUGCGCGGUGUGCGGCCGUCUCUACCCCAGCGCCGCCGCCCUGGAGCUUCACCAGCGGGUGCACACGGGGGAGAGACCCUUUACCUGCCCUCACUGUGGGAAGGGCUUUGCCCAACCCAACAACCUGCGAGUCCACCUCCUCAUCCACACUGGAGAGAGGCGAUAUCGGUGCACACUGUGUGGGAAGAGCUUCAUCUCGUCCAGCCACCUGAAGCGGCACCGCACGGUCCACACGCAGGAGAAACCGUACAGCUGCGCGCGUUGUGGACAGUCCUUCAGCCAGAUGUGUAGCGUUCGCAGACACCGGCAGCAGUCGCAGUGUGGCCUAUAGACCGAGUGCUGCAGGAGGCAGAUGGAAUCUGAAGCGUGGAUGGUUAGAAUCUCUUCACGUGGGAAUUCAUGCGUCUUCAUGUAAGCACGAACAAAUGUGACGAGACUGAAUCCUGUGAUAUUACGACGUAUGUAGAGUUGAUGUUUGCCCUCAGUCAUAGCAGUAUGUGAACUGUGCUUCAAGGUGGAGCUCGUCUCAACCUUCUCUUUCUCUUUGACCACGUUCAGAUCUGGUAUUGACAUCCGUCCACAGAGAUCCAAUCGACAAGUAGAGGAACGACCAGUAAGCCAAUAUAUCCAGCGCUUUGUACUCACUGUCAUCGGUCAUAAAAAUGGUUGAACGCAAAACUUUACAACAAUAGCAUACAUCGAGGAAGUGCAUUCAGUCACUCACUCACCCACUCCUCUUCUACCACGUGAGGGUCGCGGGGGUUACUGAUGCCAAUCUCAGUUGACAGUGCGAAAGGCGGGGUACACCCUGGACAGGGACACAUAGAGACAAACAAACGUGUGGCCCCUUGAGGAACUGCAAACACACAGGAAUACAUAGAGUUUAUCCCAAAGAUACAAGAACAACAGAGUGAACACCAGAUCGGCAUGUGUGCUUCCGUCUUUUCCAGGUCUCAAAUUAAGUCAGUCCUGGUUUUCUCGCUCGGUCAGUUGUUUCCUCUUCCCCGCUUCCCCCGACAACGUUUUUAUUUCUUCUUUUUUAGGACACAACCUUUCUGAUAUGGAGCUGAAAUGGUGGCCGAAGAAACCCUUCAAAAAAGAAAAAUGUGGUUUUCAAAAGAAAACGUAGCAGUGUCAAUGAAGCCUCACAAAGAACACUUCUGAAUAUGACCUUAGGUUCUGGAUCGGAUGGUGCAUUCAGACUGUAUUUUGGCGCGUUCACACCUGAAGACCUGAACAACUGUGAUUGGAUUCAGGAUUGAUGUUGGUACCAGGUCUUUUUUUUAUUUUUUAAAGGAAAGGAUCAGUGAGUGCCUCAGACAGUGUUGACAAAAACACUUCACCCCCCUUUUCUUUGCGUUUACGUACAUACAAGUGUUCUUUUAAAAAGUUGUAGAACGAUUGUUCUCGCAUAAUAUUUCAACGCAAGCUUGGUAUCGCAAAUUUUAAACGGAAUUUUCAAAGCUGUCAAGUAAAAAUUAGGAGUCAGUUCACCAAAGUAACCAGUAGGUGGUGCCAUCAUCUGUCACCCCACAAUUUUUCAACCUUAGCUAGGUUUAGAUACAAUGUGUUGCAAAUUUUAACGGAAUUUUCAAAUAAUCUGUAAACCAAAAUGUUUCGGUCCACUGUUAUACAGCAAAUACUGGGAGGUAGUUCACCAAGAUCAGCAGUAGGUGGCGCCAAAGUCUCUGUCACAACAGAAAAAUAAGAAGAAGGUGGAGGUUAACGAAAAUAAGAAGUAGCACAGCUGGUUUCACUCCAUUUUAGUAUUGGCUUCUUGUGAAGGAAUGUUCCAUUGUGUCUCACUUUAUAUUCUGUCAUGUAAAAGGCCCGUCCUUUGUUCGCUGUUUCCAAUGCGUCUUCUGUUUAUCCAUGUUCCAAUUUUUCCUCCUCCCUCAAAGUGUUAGUGUAAUUGUAUCUGUCACUAAAACCAUGCUAGUAUCGCUAACCCCCCAGCUUAAAUUGAGGGGGCGGAGCUUUCUAAACGGCUGUCACUGGGUCCAUAUUCCAUCGUUUUCUGUAGCUCACUACCUCACUCGUUUGUCGGAUAUUUCCUUGACCGAAACUCCUUUUUCAACUCUUGUUUCAGAGAACUGUAAUUUUGCUGCUGCCUCACUUCACUAGCGUAGCUGUUAUGCUAAUGUAUUCCUUCCAUUAGUCGCGUGACACAAUAGAUUGAAAUUAAAGUAACGAAUGUAAUUCGUUUAUGUUGAAAAGUCACAUAUGACAGCUACACUCACUGUCUCCUUUAACUUUAGUCCACCUGGUCCACCAGUUUAGAAAAAGGAGCUACAAGUCGUAUGUUGCCAGGUUGGGUUUGUCUGCAAUUUAAAGCCACGUUUGGCUGCUUCUGCCACUACCACCUUUUCUUUGGUUUUAUGGAGCUUUUUCAUUAUACAGUUUUUCUGUCGUAUUAUUGCUUUUCCAUUAGGGAUGGUACCUGGUACAUGGUGCGAGCUG